CUUAUUUUAUAUAUUUUUAAUCCAAUGUUCAGAAUUACAACUUAGGCUUUGUACAAUCUAUAGGCGACAAAGUUAGUUAAUCGAUUCUGUGUGGUGUCAAAAAACAAACCAGAAGCUGGUCCUUCUUAAGGCCAUUUGACAGACAAAUAUACAGUGAUAGAUCACACAUAUGAUGCAGUAGUUGUAGGAGCAGGUGGUGCUGGUUUAAGAGCUGCAUUUGGUUUGGUUGAGCUUGGGUUCAAGACUGCUUGUAUUUCCAAGUUGUUUCCCACUAGAUCUCAUACAGUGGCAGCUCAAGGAGGUAUUAAUGCAGCAUUGGGAAACAUGACAGAAGAUGAUUGGAGAUGGCAUGCAUACGAUACAAUAAAGGGAUCAGAUUGGUUGGGAGACUAGGAUGCUAUCUCUUAUAUGUGCAAAGAAGCACCAAAGGCUGUUUAUGAAUUGGAAAGUUAUGGUUUACCAUUUUCAAGAACUCCAGAAGGCAAGAUCUAUCAAAGAGCAUUCGGAGGACAGAGUUUGAAAUUCGGAACAGGAGGACAGGCCUAUAGAUGUUGUGCAGUAGCAGACAGAACAGGACAUGCUAUGUUACACACUUUGUUCGGAAGAGCCUUGGGAUAUGAUUGUAUAUUCUUCGUGGAGUACUUCGCUCUUGAUUUGAUGAUGGAUGAUCAAGGAGCUUGCAGAGGAGUAGUAUGCAUGUCGAUGGCAGAUGGCUCAAUUCACAGGAUUAGAGCAGGAUACACAGUGAUAGCAACUGGUGGUUAUGGUAGAGCAUUUUAAUCGUGCACAUCUGCCCAUACUUGCACAGGUGAUGGUGGAGGUAUGACUAUCAGAGCAGGUUUACCAAUGGAGGAUUUGGAAUUCGUAUAAUUUCAUCCUACUGGUAUUUAUGGUUCUGGAUGUUUGAUGACUGAAGGAUGCAGAGGAGAAGGUGGUAUCCUCAGAAAUUCUUUGGGAGAAAGAUUCAUGGAGAGAUACGCUCCUACUGCUAAGGAUUUGGCAAGUAGAGAUGUUGUGUCUAGAGCUAUGACUAAGGAAAUUUUAGAGGGAAGAGGAGUUGGACCAGAAAAGGAUCACAUCCAUUUGCAUCUCAAUCAUUUGCCUGCUGAACUCUUGCAUGAAAGAUUACCAGGAAUCAGUGAAGCCGCUAAAAUAUUUGCAGGUGUCGAUGUCACAAAAGAACCUGCACCAGUCUUACCUACUGUUCAUUACAAUAUGGGUGGAAUACCUACCAAUUUCAAAACUGAAGUUCUUAAUCAAGUUGCAGGCAAAGAUCAAGUGGUGCCUGGACUUUUGGCAGCUGGUGAAGCUGCUUGUGCAUCAGUCCAUGGUGCCAAUAGAUUGGGAGCCAAUUCCUUAUUAGAUAUCGUUGUUUUUGGAAGACAGGCUGCCAAUCUUGUAGGUGAAAAGUGGAAACCUGGAUAGAAACAACCAGAUUUACCUAAAAAUGCUGGAGAAGCUGCCAUCGCCAGAAUCGACAGAUUAAGACAUCAUGAAGGAUCUCAGACUGUUGCUUAAGUCAGAAAGGAUCUCCAAAGAACUAUGCAAAAACAUGCUGCUGUCUUUAGAAUUGAGAAAACAUUGUAGGAAGGUGUUGAAAAAGUCAAAGAAAUCUAUUCCAGAAAAGAUGAUAUCAGAAUCAAAGACAAAGGACUUGUAUGGAAUUCUGAUUUGGUAGAAGGAUUAGAAUUAGACAAUUUACUAUUGUAAGGCAAAAUGACCAUAGAAGGUGCUUUAAAUAGAAAGGAAUCCAGAGGAGCUCAUGCUCGUGAUGACUUCCCAGAUAGAGAUGACAAGAACUGGAUGAAACAUACAUUAGCCAGAAUCAAAGACGCCAAGAAAGGUGAUAUUGAACUAACUUAUAGAGAUGUUAUCACUAAGACCUAAGAUCCAAAAGAAUUUGAUACCGUUCCUCCAAAAAAGAGAGUGUAUUGAAUAAAUAUUAAAUAACAUUAUUAAAUAAAA